AUGUCCACUGGGCUUUUCUUUGUGAAGGCCCUCUUUGAAUACUCCUCACCUCAUGAGGAUGAUUUACAAUUCAAUGCGGGCCAAAUCAUCACAGUAACUGACCAGGACGAUGAUGAGUGGUAUACUGGUGAAUAUGUUGAUGAGACUGGUGGGAAGCAGGAAGGUAUCUUCCCCCGCAACUUCGUGGAGAGGUAUGAACCAACAGCUCCUCCACGACCAACAAGGCGGGUGAAGAGAGACUCGGUACCCCCUCCGCCUCCUCCCCCUCGAGAAGAUGUAGCGCCGCCCCCUUCGGCACCGCCGGUAUUAACCUCUCCAAUCACCGAGAGACAGCUACCGCCGCCUCUACCUUUCGAAACCGAGCAAGAAGAAAAGGCCACUGUCCCAUCGCCCGCCACUCUUGAACCGCCUCCGCCGACGGUGCCGAUUCCUCAGCAAGUCAGGGCUCCCGAACCCAAACCAAGUCCGCCCACGGGUACGGUGCACCGGAAUAAUCCCCCUCCCAUUGCGGAAAAGCCCGCAAGCAGUUCAAUCAGGGACCGCAUUGCUGCCUUCAAUAAAUCGGGGGGGGGUCCAAUUACCCCGUUCAAGCCGAGCUCUCUUAAUUACGUCAAGAAACCGUUUGUUCCCCCGCCUCCAAGCAGAGAUGCAUACGUCCCACCGCCGCGCGCUGAGCUCCCUCCGCGGAUGUACAUCCGCGAGGAAGAUCCCAAUAUCAGGAAAGAGGAGCCCUCAAGCAAGGAGCUUGCGGAACCAGCCGGGACGGGCUCGGUUUCCAUCUCCCAGAACGUCGACGACCGCGAGGAAGAUCAGCCGAAACCUACUAGUCUUCAAGAACGCAUAGCACUCCUGCAGAAGCAACAGGCUGAAGCAGCCCAACGGCAUGCCGAAGCCCUAGCCAAGAAAGAAAAGCCAAAACGUCCGCAGAAGAAGCGUGCGGAUAUUUCUGAAACGUCGGAACAUACUCCCGCCUUGGAUCACGGCGAACUGGACAAUAUUGAAGGCAGAGUUUCAUUAGAUGAACACCAUGCUAUCCCUGCCGCCAGGCGCAGGUCAACCAGGGAUGCCUUAUCCCUCAACCCAAAUGAUGGCAAUGAGGCAGACAUGUCAGGCGCCGGCGAUACAACCGAAGGCGCAGAGGAUCUCACGGAAAGGGAGGAAGCCGAUGACAAGCCAAGACCCGUUUCUCACCCUAACCAAGACGAUGAAAUGGACGAAGAAGAUGAUGAUCAGGAAGAGGAUGACGACAUCGAUCCAGAAAUCCGUCGAAAGGAGGAACUUCGGGCGCGUAUGGCGAAGAUGAGUGGCGGCAUGGGAAUGCCUGGCAUGUUCAUGCCAGUGGCUGCUCCUACAUUACCAAAGAAGAAGCGGCGUUCCAUCGUACCAAAGGACCAAAGCUACACCGAUAACAUCGACGAGUCAUCCCCGGUCUCGCGAGUCGCACCCCCAGUUCCAACAUUGAUGGCUUUGCCAGGUAUGUCGACCAGGCAGUCGGUGGACCAUCCACGUGUAGAUAUCUCCGAGGAGGAAAGCGCUCCCAAAUUGCCGCCGCAUCCCAUUAGUGAUGAUUCUGAGGAAUACCCAGACUAUGACCAGACUCCUAGCCCACCUCCAAUUCCUGGAGGCCGGCCUGCACCGCCUCCGGAGUCCGCAUAUGCCGGGGCGCCGCUUCCCCCUCACUCAACCGUAAUAUCGCCUAGUACAGGGUCGGAGUCUGAUGACGAACUCUCAGAACACCCCCGACGGCCGACUAAAGAUGAGGAGCAGAACAGCGAAACGGCCCCGCCAGUUGCCAUGCGUUCGCCGCCGCCGCCGCCUCCUUCUCUCCCGUCACCUACCCUACCGACCUCGCCCCGGAUUCCCUCAAUCCCUAUAGUUCCACCUACGUCUAGCGGGAUGGAGAACAAGGAACUCACCUCGCCUACCAGCCCUACCACGGCAGCUCAUAGCAAGAGGAAUAGCCGGCCUCCGCCACCAAUUCCAGGGUCAGCUCCGACACUUCCGGCAUCCCACACUAGACCCCCACCGCCAUUACCACCGAGCUUAAGUCAGAGUUCUACUGCAGAUGAAUAUAUUGUCCCCACGGCCCGGCCUCCUCGACACUCGAAGGACGAUGACGAGGAGGUUACAGAAUACGAAGGCGAUUAUGAUACAGACAUUGCGUCUUCAGUACCUCACAAAGAUGCUUUGAAAUCGACGGCCCGUGAAUCCAGUUUUGAGGACGAACGGACGCCAGUAGGAUCACCCGUUGCUAGUGCGCCCCCUACUUCACCGCCGCCCAUCCCGAGCACGGCUGCUCCGAGGGCUAUCCCACCUCCCAUCCCAGGCCAGCCGCUUCCGGGCUCCCGGGCGUCGGUAGAUGCGCCGCGAUCUGCCCCGCCGCCACCUCCGCCGCCGCCGCCGCCAAGGGAUCUGGACGUGAACCCAGCAUUCCAACCUCACAGCUAUACUAGUCCGAAAAUUGGAGGCUAUCAAUAUAACGAGGAAUCGGGUCUUGCUGGUCCAUCAAUUCCAUCCUCUCCACCACUGGAUCGGAGGAUGCCGCCGGCGACCGCUCUUCCAAUCCGACCUGGCCCGAGACAAUCGUUUGACGUUCAACGUUCGGCUGGCAGACCCUCUGCUGACGUUGGGCGACCCUCUCUGGACACGGGUUUCAUAGCCGAGGAGCUGGAUCCCGCUCUACAAAGCGGUUGGUGGAAGCAAUCUAACCAAGUCCCGCCAUCACUCCAGGAAAGGAAGGAUAUUCUCUUUGAGAGCGAGGAAUCUACUUCGACAAACCGUGGUGCCAAGACGGUCAUCACAAGGACUGUUCGGAUCCUUUUCAUCGAUUACUCCCAAACAACGCUCAUUGUGCAGUACGAUCCCUAUAACCCUGCGGAUGUGGAGGUCGAUCAGCACCAUGAAGGACCUCCCCGGACUCUCCGCCAGGAUCAGUUGGAGCAGUCACAUGAGCGCUUCGGCCGUGCCAUUGCCGAUAUGGUAACAUCUAAGAAGGACUCCGUGGUUGGGGACGGCACGCCACAAGGCCUGGUCUUGGACCUUCUUCGGCCGUUCAAGGAAGCCUUACAUCCUGUGGGGAUGCGGGCAUACGGGGCCCUUGUCUAUGCGAAUAUGGCCAACGCUUCUACGCUUCAGAACGACGAAAUUCGGCCCGGUGAUAUUAUUUCAUUCCGCAACGCGCGCUUUCAAGGGAAGCACGGUCCGAUGCAUGCGAAAUACUCGGCCGAGGUUGGCAAGCCGGAUCAUGUUGCAGUCGUCGCAGAAUGGGAUGGUACCAAAAAGAAGGUGAGAGCUUGGGGCCAAGGGCGCGAGAGCAAGAAGGUCAAGUUGGAGAGCUUUAAGCUUGAUGACUUGCGAUCCGGCGAAGUGAAGAUAUGGAGGGUGAUGCCGAGGAGUUGGGUGGGAUGGAGUUCUCAGCACUAG